CAAGUUCUGCUGGUUUUAUUUAUUUAUUUUUCUAUUUAUUUUUGCUUCAACAAGAAAACAGCUUUCACUUUAUCUUUCUUUGUUGUUCUUCUUUGAGGUUUGAUUCUCUCUCUCUCCCUCUGUCUCUCCUUCCUUUUCUUUUAACAAACUUAGCCACAUUUUGUUACUCUUUUAAACUUCCUCGUAACUUCCUCUCUUUUUUCCUAAAACCAACUUUGUUUUGUUCUCCCCUCUCUUUUCCACCUCUUAAUCUCUCCUUCUGUAAAACCCUUUUGCCUUCAGUUUAUGUCCAGAUUAGUUUUUUUUUUGUUGCGUCUUUAGCGUCAGAUUGGACAAGGUGGCGUUGCAGGAGACAAAGAUUUUGAGUUUCUAGUAACCAAUUGAUUUAUAUUUUGGAAGAAAAAUUGGACAUAAAAAUGAUGUUAUCAGCGUCACCCGCGGCGGUGACAAGGAGUUCUCUGGAGGAGAUGCUGGACUCACUGCGGCGACGAGAUGAGGGUUUGGAGAAGUCCAAGGACCUGCCACCCGCUUUGCCAGCACGUCCUACUUCUAGGGCAAGGCUUCCCUCGGCUCGCCACUCACUGCCUACAGACUUUAAAGUCGGUUCUAAUGGACAAGUGGAGAGCAAAGUGGAGACAAGAGUUAGUAAAGUGAAGGGGGAUACAAAAAGAAAGGGGAAGGAGUUGGGGUACAAAUCAGGGAAUUUCGGAAGCAAGAAAAUGAGGAAAGAUCAAAAUUGUGUGGAUUCUAAUCCAUAUGUAGAAGAGAAUAAUGAGAAAGUGAAUGGGCUUGUUGCGGGUUCAGUACCAAGGGGAAAAGAACCAGAGUGGGAUGAUAAUAUCGGUUAUUUUAUCAAGAAGAGACUCCGUGUUUGGUGUCGUCUCCCAAAUGGGCAGUGGGGGUUAGGAAAGAUACAGGAAACUUUCGGGGACGAAGCAACCAUUUCACUUUUAUCAGGAACUGUUGUCAAAGUGUCUACAGCAGAGCUCUUACCUGCAAACCCUGAUAUCCUUGAGGGCGUGGAUGAUCUUAUACAGCUUAGUUAUUUAAAUGAACCUUCUGUGCUUCAUAAUAUUAAGCACAGAUAUGCUCAGGAUCUGAUUUAUAGUAAAGCAGGUCCAGUUUUGAUUGCUGUCAAUCCCUUUAAAGAAAUUCCGAUUUAUGGAAAUGAAAUUCUCACUUCUUACAAGCAGAAGGCUAAGGAUAGCCCUCAUGUUUAUGCUAUAGCAGAUGCUGCUUAUAAUGAGAUGAUGAGAGAUGAAAAGAACCAGUCCAUAAUCAUAAGUGGUGAAAGUGGAGCUGGGAAAACUGAGACAGCCAAGUAUGCUAUGCAGUACUUGGCUGCUCUUGGUUGUGGCAAUGACGGUAUGGAGUAUAGAAUCCUUCAAACUAAUUGUAUACUUCAAGCAUUUGGGAAUGCAAAAACAUCCAGGAAUAACAACUCCAGUAGAUUUGGAAAGUUGAUUGAAAUUCAUUUUACCACAUCAGGAAAGAUUCGUGGUGCUAAAAUCCAAACUUUUCUACUAGAAAAGUCAAGAGUAGUUCAGCUUGCCAAUGAUGAAAGAUCAUACCAUAUCUUCUAUCAACUUUGUGCUGGUGCUCCUUCGACUCUUAGAGAUAGACUGAACCUUAGAAUGGCUAGCGAGUACAAGUAUCUUAACCAGAGUGAGUGCUUGGUAGUUGAUGGUGUUGAUGAUGGCAUGGAGUUUCAUAAGCUCGUGGAUGCCUUGGACAUAGUUCAAAUUUGCAAAGAUGAUCAAGAGCAGGCAUUUGCAAUGCUUGCUGCAGUAUUAUGGCUUGGAAACAUAUCGUUUCAAGUAAUUGACAAUGGAAAUCAUGUAGAGGUUCUCGCUAAUGAAGCUGUAGAAAAUGCUGCCAGGCUAAUAAAUUGCAGUGCCCAGGACCUGGUGUUAGCUCUAUCAACCCAUAAAAUCCAAGCUGGAAAGGAUUUUAUUGCUAAAAAAUUGACAAUGCAAAAGGCUAUUGAUAGAAGAGAUGCAUUGGCAAAGUUUAUCUAUGCCAGGUUGUUUGAGUGGCUUGUGGUACAAAUAAACAAGUCAGUUGAAAUGGGUGAGCUGAGUACUGGGAGAUCCAUAAGUAUCCUUGAUGUCUAUGGUUUUGAGUCAUUUAAGAAUAAUAGCUUCGAGCAAUUCUGCAUAAAUUAUGCGAAUGAGAGGCUGCAACAACAUUUCAACCGGCAUCUAUUUAAACUUGAGCAGGAAGAGUAUGAAGAGGAUGGGAUUAAUUGGACUAAAGUUGAUUUUGAAGAUAACCAAGAGUGCUUGAAUCUCUUUGAGAAGAAACCUUUAGGGUUGCUAUCUGUAUUGGAUGAGGAAUCAAAUAUCCCUAAUGCCACUGAUUUGACCUUCGCCAAUAAGCUUAAGCAAUACUUCAAUGAUAAUCCUUGCUUUAAAGGUGAAAGAGGGAGGGCUUUUGGUGUUUGUCAUUAUGCUGGAGAGGUUGUAUAUGAUACCAAUGGCUUUCUGGAAAAGAACCGUGAUCCAAUGCACUCUGAUUUCAUCCAUCUGCUAUCAUCAAGUGGUUGCCAAUUACCAAAAUCAGCUAGUCUAUCCUGUCAAUCUGGUGGAUUGGAAUCCUCAAUGCAAAGUGUUGGUACGAAGUUCAAGAGUCAACUCUUCAAACUAAUGCACCAGUUGGAGAAAACAACUCCUCACUUCAUCCGCUGCAUAAAACCAAAUGCUAAGCAGUUUCCAGACCAGUAUGAAGAUGAUCUUGUCUCCCAGCAACUACGAUGUUGUGGUGUUUUGGAAGUUGUGAGGAUUUCAAGAUAUGGAUAUCCUACUCGAAUGACACAUCAAGAAUUUGCGGGAAGGUAUGGUUUCCUGCUUAUGGAGACAAAUGUAUCUUGGGAUCCACUAAGCAUGUCAGUUGCUAUUCUCAAAAAAUUUAAUUUCCUCCCUGAAAUGUAUGAAGUUGGUUACACCAAAGUGUACCUGCGAAUGGGCCAGAUUGGGAGAUUGGAAGAGCAGAGAAAACAAUUUCUGCUAGGUAUUGUUGAGGUUCAAAAGUAUUUCCGUGGUGGCCAGGCCCGUCGACAUUUCCAUGAACUCAAACAAGGAGUGGUGAUAUUACAAUCAUUCAUCCGUGGUGAAAACAUGAGAAGGAAAUACAAUCACAUGAUAAAGAGGCGCACAGCUAAUGCUCCUCUAGCAGUUGAUGAUCAGCUAGUGGCAGCUUUAUAUUUACAAUCUGUAAUCCGUGGGUGGUUGGCUCGAAAGCAGUUCAACAGUAUGCAUAAAAUGAAGCAGUUAACUCAUGAGAAUUCAAAUUCCAAAAGAAAACCGGGCAAGAAGAUUUCAGAAGUGAAGGUCAUACCACAAGAGCAGGUUGACAUUCAGACUUCAAUUUUAGCUGAGCUCCAAAAAAGGGUUGUUAAAGCAGAAGUAACAGUUGCACAAAAGGAGGAGGAAAAUGCUGCACUGAAAGAUCAAUUGCAACAGAACGAGAAAAGAUGGUUGGAUUAUGAGGCAAAGAUGAAAGCAAUGGAAGAGAUGUGGCAAGUGCAAAUGGCAUCAUUGCAAACGAGUCUUGCUGCAGCCAGAAAGAGUCUUGCAGCUGACAACACUGCAGGCCAACCUGGAAAACUGGAUUCUUCUACAUCACCUCACUAUUAUGAUUCUGAAGAUUAUGUUUCUACGGAAUCUCGAACUCCUGGUGGGAACACUCCCAACAUAUUUGCGAAUACCUUCCCUGAUUUAAGAGCAGUGAGAGAGAAUAAUGGUCCUGUGCAUGCAGUCAGCAAUCUUACAAAGGAAUUUGAGCAGCAGAAACAAAAUUUUGACGACAAUGUCAAAGCAUUAGUUGAGGUAAGGGCUGGACAAUCAGCUUCUAACAUGAAUCCGGAUGAAGAGCUUCGAAGAUUGAAACUAGGGUUUGAGACAUGGAAGAAAGACUAUAAGGUUAGAUUACGGGAGACAAAGGCAAGGCUUCACAAACUUGGGCAUGGAGAAGUUGAUAGAAAUCGUCGGAAGUGGUGGAGGAGAUAGGCACAAGAGUAUCAAAAUGAUCCAGUUUAUAAUGUGAUCAUAUUUGAUGGAGAAAGUUGAAGAGAGUACUCAAAGCAGCAAUUGAGGAGCAAACAGUGCUUCCAAGAAGCUUCUUCGUUUCCAAUUCUGGAUGUGUUGCUUUAAUUCUAGCUAUGAAAACAGCAAUUGGUGUUUAUAUUUCGUGAGGAUAGUGUAGUUGGGGAAAUUGUAUGUCUACCAAUUUUUGUUGCUUGGUGGAAGGAUUGAUGGUCAUGUGAAUAGCUAGCUGGGUUUGUUCCAGCCCCAGUUUCUUUUUUUAUAGUUUAGGUUAGUUGUAUAUCUUAUUAUAAUAGAUGUAAGGACGAACUUUGUAGUACCAAGUGUGAAAUAUGGAAUGAAAAGGUAAUUUUUUUUUC